AUGGGAGGAGGAAUGGAAGCAAACAAGAACAAGUUCAUAGAGGAGUGGGGUUCAGCUCGUGAGACUCUGGAGCACAACUUUCGUUGGACUCGUCGUAACUUCGCUCUUGUUGGCAUCUUUGGCAUCGUUCUCCCUGUUUUAGUCUACAGAGGAAUCGUCAAAGAAUUCAAUAUGCAAGAUGAAGAUGCAGGUAGGCCUUACAGGAAGUUUCUUUGA